GAAGGCUCAACAACACGAGCCUCCUAAGAAUACUUAGUCAAUGAGUAAAGAAACUGUGGCUAAGAACAAAUCACAGGCUAGUGCUUCGACUUUACCUAGUAAGCUUCCGAAGUGUGAAGUCAAGUUUGACAUGACUGAGACUUCAGACAACAAGGUGGAUAAGAAACCAUCUAUUUCAAAGGGAAAAGGUAGGGCUAGGGAAGUAUCCCCUAAGCCCAUCCGUACAGAAGCCAUCUACGCCCCAGCAGAUACUAUUGUUGAUGCAGUAAUGUCUUCCGUUAGCAAUGUUAAGCAGAAGACUGCUGUCGAAGCCACUACAAAGAAGGGUAAGGAAUGCGAGAGGCCUUCCGCUGAUCCUCGCGACCCUGCUGUAUCUGCGGGCCAAAUUGCUCUGCAUAGCUAUUUAGGACUAGCUAUCAGUAAUGCAGUGGGGUCACAGUCUCGACGGAAUUCAUUAAGUUCUAUGUCGUCGGCCUCAGUACAAUCCCCUAGUGUGACCGAUGGGUCAGACUCAGGGAAUUCAAGCCCUUCUGAUCCCUCUGAUUCAUCAUUCUCUGAUUCAGACUCUUCGAGCUCCAGCUCAUCGAGUUCUAGUGGGGCUCAUCAUCAUCGUAAGCAUUGUCAAUGGCAUCACAAGGCACACCAUCGUCAUAAGUCCAAGAAGGACAAACGGCCCCUGUGGAAGCCAGUUUCACCUCAGCCUUAUGAUGGUCGUGCCGAUGCUGAGGUGUUCCAUUGCUUCGUUAGGCAAGCAACGGAAAUGAUUAAUGGGUACAACAUACCUCGCCAUAUGAUCCCCUCGACCAUAGCAAACUAUUUGACUGGUCGAGCAUAUGACUUCUAUGCCAAUACCAUAGCUGAAGAUCCUCGUCGUUGGAUGAGGCUGAGGGAUAUUUUCAUUGGGCUAUUCAACUAUUGCUUCCCAAUGGAUUUCUGACUUCAGAUUUGCGCAAAACUAGAAAAGUUCUGUCAGUAUGACUGAACAGUGCGAGACUAUGCACAUAAGUUGCGAAGCCUCUUAAGGCUGGCUGGUCACUCAGUCGAUGACCAAGAAUCAGUCAUGCGACUGUGGCGAGAACUCAACC